UAAUCGGUUAUUCAUAACACAUAGUAAAAUGAGUUGUAAUCAAAUAUGCAGUUUACAUUGUGCAAGUUAGUGGUCCAAGUACUGAAUAUUUCUUGAAUGCCUUCAUAGCUGUGCCUAAUCAAUGAACACAAUAUUAUACUGGCAGGUUGAGAGCGUAGUGAACAGUCUAUCAUCUUUCGGCAUAUUGUUGAUUUUUGGAGAUACAGUAGAGCCUCGCUAAUCCGAACCUCGUUAAUCCGAACCCUCGCUAAUCCGAAUGUCCCUAACUGCUUGACCUCGAGUUUCCAGAGAGCAUUUAGAAUUCCGAGGCCUUGUGCAAACGUCCUUUCAUAUCCGGGAAAUAACAAACAUCUGAUCAUAUCCGGGUACACGUUCUCAUGUCGUCAGACAAAGAUAUAACAAAGAAGACAAAACGGGCUCACAAGACUCUAACAAUAGAGCAGAAGGUAGCAAUACUGGAUGAACUGGGAAGUGCCUCCUAUUCUGUGCUGUGUGAACGAUAUGGAAUCGGUCGAAGCACCAUUAGCGAUAUCAAGAGGAAAGAGUCUGAACUGAGGCAAUACGAAAGGAAGCUAACCGAAAUGGGAACGAGUCGACUUGCCAAAACAAUGAAGCUUUCUACUUACGAGGAGCUGGAGAGGGCUGUUUUCAUGUGGUUUCGGCAGACGCGCGAGAAAGGCAUUCCUGUAUCAGGCCCACUACUACAAGCAAAGGCCUUGCAGCUUCACGAGAAAUUGAAGGAGUCUUCUCAAGAAGAGGAUUUCGGCAACUUUGUUGCCUCGUCUGGUUGGCUUUGGAGAUUUUGUAAGCGUCAUUGCAUUAGACAGCUGGCCUUACAAGGAGAAAAGCUGUCUGCCGAUAAACCAGCUGCUGAUCAGUUUGUGUUACGUUUCCAAGCUUUUGUCAAGGAUAGUGAUUACAGCACUGAACAAAUAUUCAACUGUGACGAGUCAGGUUUGUACCAUAAGCUGCUGCCUCAGAAAACGCUUGCUGGUCACUUUGAGAGGUCUGCUGAUGGGCGCAAAACUCAAAAGGACCGUGUUACCAUCAGUGCCUGCUCAAACGCGUCUGGUAGCAUAAAACUACCCUUGGUCUUGAUAGGUAAAUCCAAGAAUCCUCGUUGUUUCAAAAACGUCAAUCGUGAUCACUUGCCAGUGAGUUACUACAACCAGUCUAAUGCUUGGGUGAACACAGGAAUAUUUUCUGACUGGUUCCAUCAUAAGUUUGUUCCUGUAGUGCAGGAAACGUUAAGGGAAAAGGGUUUGGAUGAUAAAGCUGUCCUUCUGCUUGACAACUGUUCUGCUCAUCCGAAUGAAGAAGACCUGAUAUCAGCAGAUGGCAAAGUGAUCGCAAAGUUCCUUCCACCGAAUGUCACUUCGUUAAUUCAACCCAUGGAUCAAGGUGUGCUAGUAUCCAUUAAACGCCGAUACAGGAAAAAGAUGCUUCAAGAUCUUAUUCUUCAAAAUGAUAGAGGUGUGUCAAUCAUUGACUUUGUUUGUGGAAUCAACAUGAUGGAAAUUUCUGAUAAAGUUUCCGCUAGUUGGGAUGAAAUUACACCUAGAACAAUUCGAUUGUCUUGGAGAAAGAUUCUACCCAUUUAUCCUGACGAAGGCAGUCAGGAACCUGCUGGCAUCACAGAAUCAGGAGAGUCAUUUGAAGAGCCUUCUUCUAAUUUGACCCCUCUCUUCUCUGCUUUGGGUUAUGAAAUGACUUCAACAGAAAUUGAGGAGUGGUUAAUGGUAGACAAUUUGGAUCCUGGUUACACUCAUUUGGAUGAUGAUGAAAUUGUCACUGAAGUCUUGGCUCACGGUCGUGAUGAAGAGACUGCUGCAGAUGAAGAUCAAAUGCAAAGUUCUGAUCAUGAUGCAAGCACAAACCAGUCUGGCAUCUCUCAUGGCAGUGCAUUUCAAAUGCUCUCUGAUUGUUUGACAUGGUUUCGGGAACAGACAGAAGCAACUCAAUACAGCUUGAGUGUUCUUCGGAGCCUACGUGACCUUGCAGCUAAAAAGAGACUAAGCAUUCUUGAACAGACGCGGGUGACGGACUACUUUGAGAAAUGAGUUGCUUUUGCUUGUUGUUGGGUUACCUACUUAGUUAGUUGCGUUGCAAGAAUUCUUGUCCCUGCGUAGGCAUGUAAUUGUUGACAUAUGUAUGCGCAAACGGUCUGGAUUGUCAAGGCUAUGUCUGGGUCUCCAAGGCUUCGUAUUUUGAUAAUCCGAACAAAUUCAGUAAUCCGAACAGGUAAGAACGGAGUCUGGUACAGAGCUAUUCGGA